CCCGAACUGAACAACGUGAAUGCUCCGAACCGGCCUGCGAUGUGUCCGAGGCCUCCACUCGAGAUCUUAUCGAACUCCAUCGCUGGUUGCCACCAGCUACAAGCCAUUCAGACCAUUCGCGUUUCUUAGGACCAUGGCCACUUCUGCCUCAGAGCGAUACCUCGCGGACCACGAGCCACCCUAUUGCGGCCUCGAUGUCGCAACAUCCUUUGCUCAGCUCACUUCCAAGGAGAAGAAGUAUGCCCAUUACAUUGGACAGGCUUCGUGGGCCGGCGCACGCAUCAUCCAAGGCCAAUGGACCCCGCACGCCGCGAGGCUCUAUGACCUUCUCAUCUUGACGUUCAGCGAGAACGGCAAGCUCGCCAACAUUGACAAUCUCAAGGCUGCUUCCGGACUCAGCUCAGAAGAGUUCAAUGGCGUCUUGCAGUACAGUUCCCAGGUCCUGCACAACCUCGUCAACUACAAGAGCUUUGGCUUCACCAAGAUUGUCCCUCGCGUCCCCGAGGCUACGUUCGCCGCAGUCGUUGAAAAAUCUGCCAACGCUAGGAAUGCUGUACCUCUUUUCAAUGAGCUGAAAGAACACAUUUACUCCCUUUCUCCGGAGUCGUCACUGUUUAUUGGCAAGCGAAGCGAAGGUCACGUAUCCAACUACUACCUUGGCGAAGUCAUCACCGACGAGGAGGUCAACGACGUGCAGGCCGCGGCCGAGAAGCUCGGUGUCGAUGUAUUGAACACCCGCGUUCGCAAAAACGGAGCAGGUGACUAUACGCUUCUUGUUGCGUCGGCGAAUGCCCCUGCACCGAAGCAGCACGAUAUUACUGUAAAGUCUGGUACUGCGAAGCUCACGGUCGAGUACGGCGACUUCUCGGAAGCCUUGAAGAAAGCUUCUGUUGCGCUGACGGAGGCCAAGAAGUAUGCGGCAAAUGACAACCAGGUGGCAAUGUUGGAUGGAUACAUCGAGUCGCUUGACACUGGCUCUAUCGAAGCUCACAAGCGAGGAUCAAAACAUUGGGUCAAGGAUAUUGGUCCAGUCGUUGAAAGCUACCUUGGGUUCAUUGAAACCUACGUCGACCCAUAUGGCGGACGCGCCGAGUGGGAAGGCUUCACGGCCAUCGUCAACAAGCAGCUCAGUGCGAAAUACGAUGUCCUCGUGAAUGGUGCUCCGGAUUUGAUCAAGGCGCUGCCUUGGGGCAAGGACUAUGAGGUUGACGUCUUCCGAAAGCCUGACUUUACUGCUUUGGAGAUUGUUUCGUUUGCAACGGGCGGUAUCCCUGCUGGUAUCAACAUUCCUAAUUACUAUGAUAUCCGAGAAUCGACUGGGUUCAAGAAUGUUUCUCUUGCUAACAUCCUUGCUGCCAAAGCUCCGAAUGAAGAGGUGACGUUCAUCCACCCCGACGACCUUGACCUUUACAAUGCCUGGGAUUCCCGAGCGUUUGAGGUUCAAGUCGCCAACCAUGAGCUGCUCGGUCAUGGAUCCGGAAAGUUAUUCCAGGAAAAUACUGAUGGCUCGCGGAACUUCGAUCCUGAGAAGAUUAUCAACCCCCUCACAGGAAAAGCGAUAACGUCCUGGUACAAGCCUGGACAAACGCCUGAUUCUGUUCUGGGUGAGGUCUCGUCCUCGAUGGAGGAGUGCCGUGCAGAGACGGUCGCCUUGUUCCUCGUUGGAAACACUACUAUUCUGAACAUCUUUGGUUAUAAGGAUCCCAAAGAAAUCGAAGAUAUCCAAUAUAUCACUUUCUUGCUCAUGGCGCGUGCCGGAUUGCGGGCUCUGGAAUACUAUGACCCUGUCACCAAAAAGCACGGACAAGCUCACAUGCAAGCUCGCCUUGGUAUAACACAACACCUCAUCAAAGAGGGCAUUGCUUACUUGGAGGAGAUUCGUGAUGCUGAUGGUAAACUGCAAAACCUCUACAUUCGGGUCGAUCGCCAAAAAGUGCUGUCGGAAGGACAUAAGGCUGCCGCAAAACUCUUGAUCGACCUGCAAGUACGCAAGAGCACGGCUGACGGUCCUGGUGCUCGCGAAUUCUACCGCACAUUGACCACUCCGGUUGCGGGGUGGGAGAGUGACAUCCGGGAGGUUGUGCUCAAGAAGAAGCUGCCUCGCAAGGUCUUCGUGCAACCCAACACGUUCGUCGUCAACGACGAGGUGGUGUUCAAGGACUAUCCUUUGACGGCAGCCGGUCUCAUCGAGAGCUGCAUUGAACGUCAGAUAUGACUUGGACCAUUAGACAAAGAUCUGUAUUGUAUUUCCUCGACGAGUAGCCGGCUCUAGCGUACU